AUCUGUCGGCGUCUGCGCCUGGCGUCAGCGACCGGUGCAGACAGGAAGAGGCUCUAGGCGGGCACAUGUGUAUGGCGUGACGAUGACAGCCUCUUCAUCUAUGACUGCAGUGCUGCGGAAAAGAAGUCACAAGAAAAUAAAGGGGAGGACGCGCCCUUGGACCAGGGGAGCGGUGUGAUUCUGGCGUCCACCUUCUCCAAGUCUGGCAGCUAUUUUGCUUUAACCGAUGACAGACUGUGGCGAGGAGGUGUACAGCCCUGACCUUCAUAGCCUCUGAGGAGAAGGUCUUGGUGGCCGACAAGUCUGGAGACGUCUACUCCUUUUCGGUGCUGGAGCCACACGGGUGUGGCCAUCUAGAGCUGGGGCACCUGUCCAUGCUGUUAGAUGUGGCUGUGAGUCCUGAUGACCGCUUCAUCCUCACUGCUGACCGAGACGAGAAGAUCCGAGUCAGCUGGGCCGCGGCGCCCCACAGCAUCGAGUCCUUCUGCUUGGGGCACACAGAGUUUGUGAGCCGCAUCUCCGUGGUGCCCACUCAGCCCGGACUGCUUCUGUCCUCCUCUGGGGACGGCACCCUGAGGCUCUGGGAGUACAGGAGCGGCCGCCAGCUGCACUGCUGUCACCUGGCCAGUCUACAGGAGCUGGUGGACCCCCAGGCCCCCCAGAGGUUUGCUGCGUCCAGGAUUGCGUUCUGGUGCCAGGAGAACUGCGUGGCGCUUCUGUGCGACGGCACUCCUGUGGUCUACAUCUUCCAGCUGGACGCCCGCAGACAGCAGUUGGUGUACAGGCAGCAGCUGGCGCUCCAGCACCAAGUGUGGGACGUGGCUUUCGAGGAGACCCAGGGCCUGUGGGUGCUCCAGGACUGCCAGGAAGCACCCGUGGUGCUCUACAGGCCUGUGGGCGGCCAGUGGCAGUCUGUUCCUGAGAGCGCCGUGUUAAAGAAAAUCUCUGGUGUUCUUCGUGGGAACUGGGCCAUGCUGGAAGGCUGUGCUGGUGCGGACGCCAACUUCAGCAGUCUCUACAAGGCCACAUUCGACAACGUGACCUCCUACCUGAAGAAGAAAGAAGAGAGACUGCAGCAGCAGCUGGAGAAGAAGCAGCGGCGCCGGAGUCCCCCGCCCGGGCCCAACGGACAGGCCAAGAAGAUGAGGCCCGGGGAGGCAACCUUGAGUUGCUGAUUGUGGCGGUCAGUGGUGCCUCUCACCUCAAAUUAGGAAAAGCUUUUUCACUUGUUCCCCUGCAUCCUGGCAUCUCCCUUCAAGAAGGAAAAGGUGAGGUCAGUUGUGACCAGCUCAGAGGACGGGACUGUCCCCUGGGCUCUAGAAAGAACAUGCUGUGUCACCAGCACAGGCUCUUGCUGGGUGCCUGUGCCCCCUUUCUGGUAGAAGGGAAGCCAGACCAGUGGAGUGGAAACUCUCGAAGCGCUUCCUUUUCACGUUGGAGGCCGCGUGCGAGCCUGUGGUGGCGGCAGCUGUGUUUCUGCUGUUCUCAUCUGCCCCUCAUGUCUGCUGCGUCUUCCUCUAGGAGCAUCUGUGGGCUGAUGUUUCUGGCACAGUGGACUUUUUCAUGUUGUUCCCGCCGUCUCAGCGUCCAGGUGAUGCGCUGCCCCGCAGUAGCCGCUCGCCGCACAGGCUGUUGAAACGCAGCAUGAACGCUUCAGCCCGCCCCAGCCAUACCCCUGUGCUCAGGAGCUGCUCCUGGAGAGUGGCUCCCCUGUGGGAAGUGAGAAAUGUGUUUCGGAGUCGCAGGGAGCUCUGUCCGGCAGCGCUGGGGCAGACGGUGAACUUGUUUCAGGAAGUGUGAGCACAGGGGCCCGGCUGGCACCCAGUUUACAGGGAGGUGAUUGAGGACGUUGUUGUGAUCUGAUUUGACCUUGGCACACACUGCAGAGCCGCAGGGAUGUUGCUGAAUUUCAGUCACCAGUCAGCAAGGAUGAACCUUUGCAACCUCCUGGAAUGUUUAGCAGCAACAUAAUGUACCAAGCAAAAC